AUGACGGAGUCAACGAACGUCAAGAUAAAAACCGAGCGACCUGAUGAAGCGGAAAUCAGGGAGCUGGCUGCGAAGAUGGUGGAAGCCAAUAAAGCGAAAGCGCUGGCAGCUUCGGUAGCCGCCGCGAGGCCGCAGCCCGGUGCACUCUUGGGUGCUCCGGCCGCAGCUGUCGGCGGCCAAAUGGGUAUAUUGAACUUUCUCACUAGAAAACCUGGAACCCAGCAACAGACGCCGGCAGAACCGAGGCCAACAUCCGACGACAAGAAAACACCAGCGCCCGAUGAAGCUAGCUGGAAGGGUCACUUCGGUUGGGACAUGCUAGGUAAAUGUCACAUUCCUUACAUAUAUCGAUCUGGAGAGAAGUACGUGGCGGUCCGGAUGGUGGAGAUCAAACUUCUCAACAAGUACCUGAACUAUCUGCAUGCUGACAUAUACUCUUGUACAUGUAUACGAAGCUACUACAUUACAGAAAUCGAAGCUCGAUUACUGAAUGAAAUUAACAACAGGCAUUGUGAUGGACAGUUUGGACGUGACCCCUUUACGCAGAAGGAUUUAGUAGUGAGAUUAAUGGACGCCUAUGAAUUUUACAAUUUCUUGGAUGUUUGUUAUAACAAGUUAUUACGUGGUACAACAAACAACAAAGAUAAGUGUGGUUUCAUAAGGAUAAAUAAGGAGUCAGUGGUGCCGUAUACGGUGAGGGAUGGACAGAAGUUUGUACCAUUGUUUUACUUUGAAGGUGAAACGGACAAUUUAAAGUUGAAGGCUGAUCAGUUAAAGGGUUGGGACCUCUCUUAUUUAAAAUUCUGUUGUAAGGUUCAGGGCAUAAGGAAUGAAUUAUUUGCUAGUGAGACUUGUUCAGUGAUUAGUUUAACAGACAUUAAAAGUUAUUUCCCACCGGGAACGGAAUUUGAAGAAUAUUGGCCUAACAAAGUUGUCGACUCUCAGCUCCUUAUCUCCGCUAAAGGUGAGAACAUUUUUAUUUAUCUUACCAAAGCUACACUACAACCUUAAAUAAUCAGAAAAAGAAAAAAAAAAUGAUUAGAAAUCUAUCAUAUUAUAUUUUUAUAAUAAGUAUUUAUAUUAUUUAUAGAUUUUUAAUUGAUCUAAAUUUAGAUAUUUAGAAAUUAUUUUAAGAAACAAAUUGUAAAAUUUCUAUUAAGUACUCAGUUUAAAGCGAUGGC